GCGGCCGGGCCAUGUGUGGCCAGCGCGGCCCGGGCGCGGGGUGGGCGGCACAGCGCGGGAGCCGCCGGGCAGCGCCGCGGGGCCAUGUCCUCCGCGCGGGGCUUCCUGUACGGCUCCUUCUGCCUCGCCCGCCGGGUCCUGCCGCUCUGCCCGCGGGCUCCGGGCGCUCCCGCCGCGCCGCCGCUGCUCGGCGCCGCCCGCCGCAGCCUGCGAGCCCUCGGCGGCCCGGGCGGCGGGUUCCGGCCGUCGCGGGUGGCGGUGGUGGUGAAGACGACGCGGUACGAGUUCGAGCAGCAGCGGUACCGGUACGCCGGGCUCUCCGAGGAGGACCUCAAGCAGCUGCUUGCGUUGAAGGGAUCUAACUAUGCAGGUCUUCUGGAGCGGCACCGCAUUCAUACUAAAAAUGUGGAACACAUUGUUGACAGUUUACGGAAUGAGGGGAUAGAAGUUCGUCUUGUUAAACGUCGAGAAUACAAUGAAGAGACAGUUCGAUGGGCAGAUGCUAUUAUAUCAGCAGGAGGUGAUGGUACAAUGUUGUUGGCAGCCAGUAAAGUGUUUGAUAAAUUUAAACCAGUUAUUGGAGUAAAUACUGAUCCUGAAAGAUCAGAGGGUCACUUAUGCUUGCCUGUGAGAUAUACACACUCAUUUCCUGAAGCACUACAGAAGCUUUAUCGUGGUGAGUUCAGGUGGCAGUGGCGGCAAAGAAUCCGACUGUAUCUUGAAGGAACUGGUAUUAACCCAACUGCUGUAGAUUUACAUGAACAGCAGCUAAGCCAAGAGCAGCACAGCAGGGCUCACAUAAAUGAAAGAGUCCAGGAUCAAAGAUCUGAUGUUUCUGGUCCUCAUCUUUUACCAGUGAGAGCGCUCAAUGAAGUCUUCAUUGGGGAAUCUCUUUCAUCCAGGGAGAACUUUAAGUCCUGCAAACCCAGUUUUAAAUUCUCGCUUCAUAGGGCCUCCUAUUAUGAGAUAUCAGUUGAUGAUGGUCCUUGGGAAAAACAGAAGAGUUCAGGGCUUAACGUGUGUACUGGAACAGGAUCGAAAGCAUGGUCCUAUAAUAUUAACAAGAUAGCACAUCAAGCUGUUGAAGAGAUCCUUAAAAUUGCUAAAAAGCAUGGAAGUUUGAAUAUGCCAUUGAAUGCAGAGCUUGUACACAAAGUAACAAAUGAUUACAAUGAGUCCCUGCUCUACAGUCCAGAAGAACCAAAGAUGUUUUUCAGUGUUCGAGAACCUAUUGUAAACAGAGUUUUCUCAAGUAGCCGGCAGCGUGGCUUCUCUUCAAAAGUGUGUGUCCGUUCUCGUUGUUGGGAUGCAUGUAUGGUUGUAGAUGGAGGAACGUCUUUUGAGUUCAAUGAUGGGGCGAUAGCUUCAAUAAUUAUUGAUACAGAGGAUGCACUGUGCACUGUUCUGCUGGAAGAAUGAAGGACCUGAGCUGUCUGCUGCUGAAAUUGUUCUGGAUCCAGAGAGGGAACUCCUGGAGACAGACAACACAUCACAAUGCUACAUUAUGUUGGAAGUUGGCCUUUUUGGAUGCAAGAGCGUUUGGAGGAAGCUUGAGAUGGUUUUCAUUCCUUUGGGUUGGGAAACCUUAGCCUGAUGUUUAAGCUCUUUUUGCAUCUGGUGUAGAAGAAAUAUAUCUGAAGUCUUCUUACCUCUAACUUUGGUGAAAACUGGCAUUUUAACCUGUAAAGCAAACAUGAAAAAACAUCUUUUUAAACACAGGUAGAUGGGUUCAAGUAUUAGGUCAGUAGCAUUAAGUAUUCAGAUGUACAGUUUUUUAGUAACAGUCUGGGACUGAUGAAAUUAAACACCUUCAUACAUACACUUUUGUAGAAAAGUUGACUGUCAGUCUAGCGAUUUGAUGCAAGGAUGUAUAGAUUUUGGUAAAUUCUGAUGUUGACGUAAUAGAAAUGGAAAUACGAACCUUUUGUAUGCUUUUCAAAAAUUUUACAACUUCGUAGUUUCAUAUGACUUGUGACAAUUUUUUUUGCUCUUCCAGUAUUUUUUCUACUUUGUAGAUUUACAUCAAAAGUAAAACUCUGGUUUAAUUAUGUCUUGAACAAGGUAGCUCUUACCUUUUCUCCUUGGCUAGAGGGACUUGAAACCCAAGGGUUUUCUUGAGCUCCUUAACAGGACUAUACAAGCUAUAGAAACAUGUUGAAGGAAGAUAUAUCCUUCACUUAAUGGGGAUUAACUGACUAGCAGGUGUUAGUCACAGUGGUGUAUAUAGGUGGCUAUCAUUAAUAAAGAUAUUUGGCCUUACUAAGCUGGAUGGUUUGGAAUUGUAGGUUCUGAGUUUCUUUAUAAUUGAAUAAGAAUGAGGUGUGCUGGGUGCUUGUAAUUGGAGAACAAGUCAAUACCUAUGUCUCGCAGUUUUCCAAGCUUGUUUUUAACUUCCCGAGGAAGGAUAUGUUUCCAAUCCUAUGCUGAAUUCUACUGAUAUUUAAUUGGCUACAAAUUAAUUUUAAUUUUACGUGUCUCUGAUCGUGUAUUAGGUAAGCAAGUUAAUAAAAGGAAAAAAAAUGCUCUGAUCAUAGAAGAGGAAGUCACUUUUUAGGCAUUGUUUUUGAGAAACUGUGAACUGUGACUGCCUUUGAGAAUCUCUGCAGUUGCAUAGAUGAGAGGGCAGAAUUUCACAAAAUGAAGACUACUUCAUCAGGAAUUCUUCUGCUGCAUGACUCGAAACAAAUAUGUUUUGUCCCAUCUACUACAGAUCUAUUUCCAAAAGUGAGUUUAUGUCAAACUGCUUUUGAAUGAAGAGACUUCUGUAAGAGAUGUUCUCAGGUCUAAUGGAAAUGUUCUCCAGUGUGGCCUAUCAGUCUGUUUAUUGCCCAUCACAAAAUGUAAACUGAUCUUUAUAGGUGAAGGACGAUGAUAAGGGACUUCUUCCUUUUUCUACUUAAUGUUUGUAUUUUCUCUAUGCCACAACUUAAAGGAAAUUGGUUUGGCCAGACCAUUCAACUCUAGGAAAUUGUGAUAACGAUGGAGCUUUUUUAAUAAGCUAUUACUGUUUGUGUACAUUUCACCUUUCAAGUUUGCUGCAGAUCAAGUUAUUUAUACUUCUGCUUGAGUUGUCAGGAUUACAGACCAGAAGGAGAAAAUUAAAGUAGCCAAAUAUUCUUUCAAAACUUAAGAUGUUCAAAAACUAUUACAAUAAAGCUCUUAAUUUUUAAAAUAAUCUGCAAAGCUGUUUGAAAUUAAAGAUGCAAAAGGCUAAUCAUUCUGAAGAAGGUUGGCUGCACAGAGACUAGGGUGCUUGGCUUAUUCCUAAUCCAUCUGUAACCACUUAAGGAUGGUUUAUGUGCCUCUGUCUAGUACACUAGGCAAUAUGCUGUUAACCCCACAACCCACCAAUGCCAUUAACGACAAUUCUUCACUUCCCAGAACUUCACCGCUGUGUUAGAUCAGAAGCUUAGGUAUUGAAAGUGUUCUUUAAUACCUGAGUAGACAAAUUUAUGGCAGAAAUCCUGUCCCCUACUUAUUUAGACACAUUUAUGUGCUGCAGUGUUUUAAUGGAGACUAAUUAGUCUGAUCAGGGUGCAUACCUCUUAAAAGAUGUGUCAUUGCUUAUUAUGAAUGCUGAGACUAAACGGCAAUGUUAAGGCCCUACAGAACCAAAGUAUUUUGUGGUUUAACAGGCUUACAAAGAGAUUUCUCAGUCAAAUUCCUAACUUAGCAAAGCAGAAACCCGACCUACUCAUGAGUGGCCUCUACUGGUUUUGUCUAUAUUUAAUUGCACUUCUGUUGAAGCAUUUACUGGUGAAUGCUUGAUUUAAGUAACUAGGGUGAUUCAGAGAUCUAUAAUAGAUAAUCAGUAAGCAGCUACCUUUUUUUUUUUUUAUUGAAGAAUUGUAGAAUCCUUUUUAAGGAUCCUUUAUUGCAAAGGAUUGCAGUACAGACAACUUACUUGGUAGACAGUAUUCCUUGACAGGACUGAGUAUUGGUUUAACACAGACUUAUUGUCUAGACUGGCAGCAAACUGCACCUUUUCUACCUGCUGAUUCAAAUCCACAGUCCUUUCAUUUAGGGCCAGUCCACACUGUGUUCUGCUAAACUAGACCUGUCGUUCUUUGCCUUUUUUUUUUUU